AUGUUCUGUGGUACAGUAGUCAGUGGGUCAGAUGUUAGGAGUCUGGUAGACAGCUGUCCAGUUGAAACAUGUUCUGUGGUAUUGAAUGUAGUUGGUACUGGUGUUGAGGGAGUGUUUCCAACAGGUACAGUAGUCAGUGGGUCAGAUGUUAGGAGUCUGGUAGACAGCUGUCCAGUUGAAACAUGUUCUGUGGUAGUGAAUGUAGUUGGUACUGGUGUUGAGGGAGUGUUUCCAACAGGUACAGUAGUCAGUGGGUCAGAUGUUAGGAGUCUGGUAGACAGCUGUCCAGUUGAAACAUGUUCUGUGGUAGUGAAUGUAGUUGGUACUGGUGUUGAGGGAGUGUUUCCAACAGGUACAGUAGUCAGUGGGUCAGAGGUUAGGAGUCUGGUAGACAGCUGUCCAGUUGAAACAUGUUCUGUGGUAGUGAAUGUAGUUGGUACUGGUGUUGAGGGAGUGUUUCCAACAGGUACAGUAGUCAGUGGGUCAGAGAUUAGGAGUCUGGUAGACAGCUGUCCAGUUGAAACAUGUUCUGUGGUAGUGAAUGUAGUUGGUACUGGUGUUGAGGGAGUGUUUCCAACAGGUACAGUAGUCAGUGGGUCAGAGGUUAGGAGUCUGGUAGACAGCUGUCCAGUUGAAACAUGUUCUGUGGUAGUGAAUGUAGUUGGUACUGGUGUUGAGGGAGUGUUUCCAACAGGUACAGUAGUCAGUGGGUCAGAUGUUAGGAGUCUGGUAGACAGCUGUCCAGUUGAAACAUGUUCUGUGGUAGUGAAUGUAGUUGGUACUGGUGUUGAGGGAGUGUUUCCAACAGGUACAGUAGUCAGUGGGUCAGAGAUUAGGAGUCUGGUAGACAGCUGUCCAGUUGAAACAUGUUCUGUGGUAGUGAAUGUAGUUGGUACUGGUGUUGAGGGGGUGUUUCCAACAGGUACAGUAGUCAGUGGGUCAGAUGUUACGUGUUCAGUAGUUAACUGUUCAGUUGAAACAUGUUCUGUGGUAGUGAAUGUAGUUGGUACUGGUGUUGAGGGAGUGUUUCCAACAGGUACAGUAGUCGCUGGGUCAGAGGUUAGGUGUUCAGUAGUUAACUGUCCAGUUGAAACAUGUUCUGUGGUAGUGAAUGUAGUUGGUACUGGUGUUGAGGGACUGUUUUGAACAGGUACAGUAGUCAGUGGGUCAGAUGUUAGGUGUUCAGUAGUUAACUGUUCAGUUGAAACAUGUUCUGUGGUAGUGAAUGUAGUUGGUACUGGUGUUGAGGGACUGUUUUGAACAGGUAAGCCUACAGUAGUUGCUUGGUCAGAGGUUGGUAAAAGAUCUGAAAUAAUAUGCUGGAUCUGCACAAAAUGGGUAGGUGUUAGCUUAGGUGUUACUUCAUCUGUAGCUGACUGUUCAGCAGUGGCAAGCACAGUAGCUGUGGGAGCAGUUGUUUGUGGCACAGUAUGUGUGGUUGUAGGUGGCAUCUGGGUAGUUGGUCGCUUCAUUUCUGUAAGGAAUAUAUACAAAUAAAUUAGAAACAAGGGUCAAAUGUAUUUCAUUUAUAACAAACACAUUAAAUCAUGUUUACAUACUGCUUUACUCAUCUCAUAUGUAUAUACUG